AUGAAGUGCCUUACUACUUUUUGUGAAGCUGUAGGUCCUGGAUUUAUUUUUGAAAGACUUUACAAGAUAUUGAAAGAGCACAAGAAUCCCAAGGUUCUUAGCGAGGGGCUACUGUGGAUGGUUUCAGCAGUGAAACUUAAGGAUUUAAUUGAUUUUUGUAAAGAUACUGGACUGCAGUCAAGUGCAGCUGCUACUAGAAAUUCUUCAGUCAAGCUUUUGGGUGUUUUGCAUAAAUUUACUCCCUCCCACCCCUUUUCUUUUGUAGAUAUUAAAGGGUUUCUUUCUGAUGUUAAACCUGCACUUCUUAGUGCACUGGAUACGGAGUAUGGGAAGAAUCCAUUUGAGGGUGCAGCAGCAGCUCCAAAGAGAACUAUUAAAUCAGCAGAACCUACCCUGCUUAAAGGCUUAGAAAGUACUGAUUGGAAGGCUCGCUUGGAGUCAAUUGAAGCUGUGAAUAAAGUUUUGGAAGAGGCUAACAAGCGCGUCCAACCCAAUGGAACUACUGAAUUUUUUGGUGCUCUAAGGGGUCGUCUAGGUGACAGCAACAAAAAUUUAGUCAUGGCAACAUUGACAUGCAUUGGCAAUGUUGCAUGUGCAAUGAGUCCAGCUGUUGAGAAAGCAAGCAAGGGCAUUUUAGCGGAUGUUUUGAAAUGUUUGGGUGACAAUAAAAAGCAUAUGAGGGAAUGCACAUUUAAUACUUUAGAUUCUUGGCUCUCUGCUGUUCAUCUUGAUAAAAUGGUUCCUUACAUUGCAGCAGCUUGGACAGAUGCAAAACUUGGUGCGGAAGGGCACAAAGAUCUUUUUGAGUGGUUGUCAAAACAACUAUCUCUAUUAAUUGAAUUUCCUGAUGCUGUACAGCUACUAAAGCCAGCUUCCUCUUCUCUGACGGAUAAAUCAUCAGAUGUUCGUAAAGCAGCAGAGACAUGCAUUGCUGAAAUCUUGAGAGUUUGUACACAAGAAACUGUUGAGAAGCUUGUUAGGGAUGUUCAGGGACCAGCUUUAGCUCUUGUUCGUGACAAUGAUUUGAUGAAGUACUUCAGAGAGGAUUUGCAUAGACGGCUUCUAAGCAUAGAUUUUAAGAAGCAAAUUGAUGGGCUUGAGAUGCUACAAAAGGAAAUAGUUGAAGUUCUGGAUAUACCGCUAAGGUGGUUUGUUUUACAAUUCUAUAAAUCAAACACAACAUGUUUGUUGAAGGUGCUGGAAUUUCUUCCUGAACUUUUGGACACCUUGAGGAAUGAGGGACACUCUUUGACCGAGUCAGAAGCAGCCAUAUUUUUGCCAUGUUUGAUAGAGAAGAUGGGCCAUAACAUUGAGAAAUUAUGGGAAAAAAUACGAGAGCUAACCAAAAAAAUUGUGCAGACAUAUUCUGCUGUAAAAAGCUUCCCUUAUAUUUUGGAGGGUUUGCGUUCGAAAAAUAACCGUACACGAAUAGAAUGUGCCGACCUUGUUGGGUAUAUAGUAGAUAAUCAUGGAGCUGAGAUUAGUGGGUAUUUAAAAUCCUUGCAAAUUGUUGCAUGCUUGACAGCAGAAAGAGAUGGUGAAAUUAGAAAAGCUACUUUGAAUACUCUUGCCACUGGAUAUAAGAUUCUUGGUAUGUCAUGA